AUAUACAAAAUCUCAGUUUUAAUAAUUACUUUCAAACUAGACAGGUUUUGUUUGUUUGUUUUGGCUUUUUGAGACGGGGUUUCUCUGUGUAGCUUUGGAGCCUGUCCUGGAACUCAGUCUGCAGACCAGGCUGGCAUCAAACUCACAGAGAUCUGCCUGCCUCUGCCUCCCGAGUGGAUAUGACACAGUCUUACAGUAAUACAGCCCUUACAGCCUCUAAAUCAGUGGUUCUCAACCUGUGGGUCGCGACCCCUUCACAGGGAUCUCCUAAGACUAUUGGGAAACACAGAUAUUUAUGUUAUAGGUCCUAACAGUACCAAAGUUACAUUUAUGAGAUAGCAAUGAAAAUAGUUUAUGGUUGGAGGUUACCACAUGAGAAACUGUGUCAAAGGGUCAAAGGGUUGACACAUUAGGAAGGUUGAGAACCACUGCUUCAAAUGAAUGAGUGGCUGAGGUAGAGCACAUAGGAGUAAAACCAGAAAAUUAAACCCACUUAAACAUCCCAUCUAAUUUUUUUCCCUAAUUUAAUUUUUUCACUAAUCUCAUCUAAAUUUUUUCGCUAAUCCCAUCUAUUAUUUUUUUUCACUUCUAGCACUGGCUAGAGAAUUCAGAAAUCCGAAUUAUGAAAAUAAGGUCUGUGAGAGGCUUAUGAACUUCAUAAUAUCUUUCUGUCUUGUAAGCCUUUUGCAUUUCUUUUUUGCAGCUGGACUCUAGGUGGGGUUCAGGUUUCCAGUGGUUACGGUAGUUCACUCCAAACGCAUGGAGCCGCAUCUGACCCUUUAGUACCGAGUCACUCGCUACUUGUUGACGACAAAAUCUUCUUACAAUCUGCAAAAGUCAGAAUAGUUUCUAUGAACUAUACUCCUCUGAGCAUUCUACAGAAUGUUUUGUCGCAUCUUUUCAAUCUUUCACGCUUUGACAGGUCUGAUUUUUCUUCUUUAAGUAAAAUAAUGUCUUUGCCAAGUCAAAGCAUUUAUAGAAGGUACCUAAAUUUACACUGUAUUUCUAUGUAUUGUAUAAUGAAUAAAGACAUAAAUUGGGGUGGUAGUAUCGAUUGCUUAGAUAUUAUUUUAGGAUACAUACAUUUAAAUUUCAUAAUUAUAACUAAUAUUAAACAGUAGGUAAGAGAAAUGUAUUGCAAUUUUACAUACACCAACUUUGUGCACAGUCGAUUUAAUUCACAUAGUUCUAUACCCUACAGGCAAAAUACAGUAUCAUAUUGAUAAUUAACAGUGACAAAUCAAGGGAAAGAUAACAGCAACCAAAUUCCUCUUCUUCAUGUACUUGGUUCUUCCUAAGUCCACCUAUGCCCUUCAUUUUCUUCCCUUGGUGGGUCACUGGCAGCCUAAGUGGGCUCAUCUUGUAGGAGCCAGCCACGAUAAGCUAAAUAGAACCGGACCACCCAAAGGAAGUUCUUUACUUCCAACCAAUAUCACCUGCCAGUGUAGGACUCAGCCAUCGCUAAGUUUAAUAGAGGCUUGCGUCUCAGUAGUUUACCCUGAAGCAAUACCUGGUUGCAGAAGAACCACAAGCUGAGAUUACCCAAGCACCACCCAAGAACAGACCAUCCAAAGGAAAUGCCUAAUGUUCCAAGAUAGGAUCACUACCAGCACACACUCACCAGGACACCCCUAAACAAAUGUCAGCCACCAAUCAGGAGUCCUGAACCUCAGAAACCCCUCACCCCCACCUUUACUACUAUAAAAACCCAACUCUAACUGAGCUCAGGGCUCUCCAUUUAUUCCAAUACGUUAGACAUGCAGAGAGACCAAGUUUGCGAACUUGCAUAAAAUAAAGGCUCUUUGCUUUAACAUACAGGACUCUGUCUCCUUGCUGGUUUUGGGGGGACUUCGUGGAUGGGGGCAUAAUAAUCUCGGAGAAAUGAGGACAUUAAAAGGCAUUUAUGCAUAUGGUGGAGUGGGUACCUUGACCUGCUGGACUUGAAAUUACAAAGUGUGACGUUAGUAUCCCACCAUCAUCCCCCUACCUAUGUGUAAAUCGUGUACACUCGUGGUACUUCUCAUAAUUCUAUUUAUCGGGGUGCUGAUUUUUAAAAUGUCCUAUUUUCUAAAUAUGUUCCUCUCUCAUCUCACCUCUCUCAUCAAAGAGUCCUUCCUUCUAUAAACUUCAUUCUUAGCAGACAGCGUUAGAAGGAAAUUAUGAAAUCAGUUACACUUAUAACUAAAUUGACCACAAUAAAAUUAUCUUGUAAACCUUACAAUUAGUUCAUAGAAUAAAUAUUCAUCAGACAUCUCAGUGACUAUACGGGUAAGGGAUUGUACAUGCUUAAAACCUUGUCUCGACUUGAGAGGGAGCGCACAGUUCCGUAGGAAUGAAUGCGGUUAUUACCUUUUCCAAGGAAAUGAGCAGCGACAAUUUUAUCCCUAGACCGCAUUAUUAAUUUCCACGUUAUGUUUGCAAUCGCCGAAGGGCCGCGAUGGGCCUCAAUGGCUGGUGAUGAGCCAAAGGGUUUCGUUUUAUGCUGCACGCCAGCUGGCGUACUUCAAGUCAACAAAAGGAGUAGACGCCUUCUGUCUUCUUACCGGCAGCCAUCUCUAUGGGCAUGGCGGCCGUUCGUCGCCCAAACUUCGUUUUAUUUGUCAAAAGUAAGCUCUGGAGUAAACACUUUGCAGAAAACAUUUCUGUUUUAAUCUCCUCCCAAUUCACCCUUUUUAAGAUGAAUUCUCACCUGCACCACAUUGUUUGCCUAUCUUUCUGUUUGCAACCUAUUUCGUGAGCUCCCUCCUGCCUGGAUUGGUUAUCUGCCCUGCUACCUGUCACCACAACCUGAAUGUUACCUUAUUUUCCUUUUAUCCGUACAGAUAUUUAGGGAAGUUAUGGGGGAAACUGUAGCUGGUUGUCAUGAUAGGCUUGAAUGCUAGAAGUAAAAGUUCUAUUUUCUUUCAGAACUGCUUACUGUAAGUAAAAUUUUGAUUUUUUUUGAAAAAAACUGAGGAUCGACACAGCAAUUAACAAUUUGCUAUUUUUUAAAAAUAUUAACUUGAGAAAAUGAAAACCGAAAUGCACUUUUAUAAGUUUUGGCAACAAAUUCAAAAUCUGUCGCGUUAUACAAAAUCCACGCCCGAGGCAGUGUACCUUCGUCAGGCCCUCGUGCGGCGUGAAAACCUCAACGAAGUGUGGAUUCCUGGUCUGGGAAACCCUGGCGUGACGUGAGGUGCGGGUGUUCGCGGGGUGCGCUCUGCGGCUGCGCACGAGCCUACGGAGCCUCAGGAGUGGGGUGCCCGGAUGAAGACCGAAGAGACGCGCCGUUGCCAUGGCAGCCGGGUGCUGGUUGCAUCAGGAGCCAGCCCGGAGGUGUCACCCUUGCCUCACCAGAGCUUAGAAAAGGAGAGCAUCGUUCAUUGACAAGUGGAGAAAUGGAUGAAAGUAAAUCGAUAGAUUCAAAAGAAAGUGGGGAAUAUGAGGACGACUUUGAGAAGGACCUGGAGUGGCUGAUCAAUGAUAAAGAGAAAAGUAAUGGCGGCAUAAUAGAGAUGGAUUGCAAGAAGGAAGACGAUCUUGACCAGGAAUUAAAAGAGGAUGGACCAGAAACAGAACACAGCCAACAGCUCUCUGAUCCAGAUAAACCCCUAAAGGACGAGGCCUCCCUCCGAAGAAAUGACUUCAUUUCCGUCCCAAGCAUUCAGCCGUUGGAUCCCAUAUCAGACUCAGACAGUGAGAACUCCUUCCAGGACUUCAAACAGGAAAAUCAGAGAGAGCUGGAGGAAGAAGAGGACGAGGAAGUAAGGAGAUAUAUUAUGGAGAAAAUUAUAGAGGCGAACAAGAUCCUACAGAAUCAAGAGCCUGUGAAUGAUAAAAGGCAGCGAAAACUGAAGUUCAAGGACAAGUUAGUUGAUUUAGAAGUCCCACCGUUAGAAGACAGCGACACUUGCAAAACUUUCUCAGACAACGAAAACAAUAUGUCUGGAAAACUGUCUCAGCUAUGCAUUUCUGGUGAACUAGGACAAGAGAAAGUGCUUCCUGACAGCAGCUGUGAAGACAACGACAGGAAGAUACUGGUAGAGAGAGACGGGAAGUUUGAACUUAUGAAUUUACAAGACAUCGAGAGUCAGGGCUUUCUGCCUCCCAUUAAUAGUGCUAACAGUACAGACAAUGAAACCCCCCAGUUGCCGCUCAGGUCUCCCACCCCAUCUGCUGGUGGAGUCAAGAAAGAAGAGCCUGCGGCAAAGGUUCACACUGUGGCUGUCUCCCCAACAGAGGAGCCACUGGCUCAAGUCCCUCAGCCACCACCCAACCCCAAAAUUCGUCCAAGCUCUGCUGCCAACCCAGAUCUAAAUAAAAGAAGCAGGAGAUCUAAUCACAGGAUACAGUCUGCCAAUGUCUCUCCAGUGACCUCAACGUAUUGUCUGUCGCCACGGCAGAAAGAACUCCAAAAGCAGCUAGAACGGAAGAGAGAAAAGCUAAAGAGGGAGGAAGAACAACGCAAAAUAGAGGAAGAGAAUGAGAAGAAGAAAGAGAACGAGAUGGUGUUCAAAGCCUGGCUACAGAAGAAAAGAGAGCAGGUCAUCGAGAUGCGGAGAGUCCAGCGGGCAAAGCAGAUCGAAGACAUGAACAGCCGGCAGGUGAACCGAGACCCACAAGCGGCCUUCCGAUUAUGGCUUAAGAAAAAGCAUGAGGAGCAGAUGAGAGAAAGGAAGACAGAGGAGCUCAGGAAGCAGGAGGAGUGUUUGUUCUUCCUGAGAGGAACAGAGGGCCGUGAGCGGGCCUUUAAACAGUGGCUCAGAAGAAAACAGAUAGAAAAACUAGCCGAGCAACAGGCUGUCAAAGAGAGAGCCAGGCAGCUCCGGCUGGAAGCGCGGCGCUCCAAGCAGCUACAGAGCAACCUGUACAACAUGCCCGAAGCCAAGUCUUUCCGCUUUACUGACCACUACAACUGACGCUGUCUGGGAAAGCCUGUAUUGGAAACUGCUGUCACCAGAGUUUUGGAUGUCAUUUCCCAUGGAGCCUGUGUCUCGACAAUACUCGAAAUUACAGAGUGGGAUUUGUCUUUUGGUAAUGCUGAUGGUGAAUUUUUAUUGUCUUCACACUAGCACAAAAUAAACAUCUCUCACAGCGUUGAA